UGUCCGCAAAGCCGCUGCUGCUCCUCUCCAGGCGCGCAGAACCAUCCCCAAACUUUGACGAGCUGUAACCUUCACCAAGGCAACAAAAACAACCUGAAUUAUAACAGGAAGAACAGAUUUUGGGCUAUUUCACAGGUUGCGUCUCCUAAUUCGGGUUGAUCAAGGUGUGAACAUGGAAAGCACUCCGGUUGAAAUUUUCAAAGAAGACAAUAAGUGCCUGUCCACGCUGCUGGAAGACUGUGCAGUGAAUUCUUCAUCCUGGGUGUCCGGAUACUCAGACAGCCGCAAUGUGACCCACGAUGAUAGCUGGGAGCAGGAGGGCAUGUCUCCCAUCAUCCCCAUCAUCACUGCAGUCUACUCUGUGGUGUUUGUGGUGGGCUUGUUGGGCAACUGCCUCGUCAUGUAUGUGAUCAUCAGGUACACAAAGAUGAAGACAGCCACCAACAUUUACAUUUUCAACCUAGCCCUCGCUGACGCCCUUGUUACCACCACAAUGCCCUUCCAGAGCACAGACUACCUGUUGAACACCUGGCCCUUCGGUGAGGUGGUGUGCAAAGUCUUCAUCUCCAUCGACUACUACAACAUGUUCACCAGCAUCUUUACUCUCACCAUGAUGAGCGUGGAUCGCUAUGUGGCCGUGUGCCACCCGGUGAAAGCCCUGGACUUCCGCACUCCGAUCAAAGCCAAGAUGAUCAAUGUGUGCAUCUGGAUUCUGUCGUCAGCCGCGGGGAUACCUGCUUUUGUUCUGGGUGGCACCCAGACGAAGAGCGACAUAACUGAGUGUGCCUUACAGUUCCCAGAGCCGUACGUGUACUGGGACACACUGAUGAAGAUAUGUGUGUUUGUCUUUGCCUUCGUCGUGCCUGUGCUCAUCAUCACCGUGUGCUACUCCCUCAUGGUCCUGAGGCUGAAGAGUGUCCGAAUGUUGUCCGGCUCACGGGAAAAGGACCGCAACCUGCGCCGGAUCACGCGGCUGGUGGUGGUCGUGGUGGCCGUGUUUGUGGUCUGCUGGACGCCCAUUCACAUUUUCAUCCUGGUCAAGGCGCUCGUCAGUGUCCCCGAAACCACCGCCAUCAUGGCCGCCUACUUCUUCUGUGUGGCUCUGGGCUACACAAACAGUAGCCUCAACCCUGUCCUCUAUGCCUUUCUGGAUGAGAACUUCAAACGCUGCUUCAAAGACUUCUGCCUCUCGGCCAAACUGAAGGGGGACAAGGUGUCAGGGAGCAAGAAGAACCCCAGCACUGUGCGGGAGGCCGCUGUUCCCCUGGAGAACCCAGAUGGGACUAGUAAACCCACAUGACUAGCAGUGGAACUGUCUUCAAUUUCUCACAUUGGAAAGGAAGACUCGCAUGACCUGGGCCUAACCCACGUCACAUCAACAAUGUAGACUAGUUUUGAGAAGUUGACUCGAUUUAUUUUCAUUGUCACCUGGGGGUUCAACCAGUGCCAACACUGAUAUGAUUUCAUUUCAGAGAUCAAAGAAAAGUUACGCAUUAUAAAUUGUAUUUCAUAUUUUCCAUAGAUCCACAUAAUCAAAAAACACCAAGCUGAAGUUAUUGUCAUGCGGAGGGCAUGACAAUAACUUCAGCUUCCACUUUGCUGUGACUUUUUCUCACUCUGAUUCAUUUUUAUUCCUCUUGGCAGUUGAACAAAAUUUGGUUAAAGCUGUAAAAAAGAUCAAAUGUGGCGGCAUCUAUUUUCUAACCAUCUUCUGUCCUUAUAUAUAAUAUAUAUAAUUAAGAAAGGACUGCUCAUUGAGUAUAUAUAGAUUACCAUGAUAUAAUGCCAACAUUUCUCAGGAAAAUGGUAGAUUAUUUAAUGGAAAAAUUAGAAAGAGACUGAUCUGUAACAUUAUUGGCUCCUGUUGAGUUUCAUACAGUAUACUUGUUACAUCAAUGUUUUUAAUGCUAGUUUAAUUGCAUUUUGUUUACGCCUUUCUCAGAUUUUAUGUAUUCCUGACAUUUCCUCAAAUCAUUUUUCUAUUGCCAAAUGUGCCUUUAACAGUCCAGGAUAGCACAUGUUUGCAGCAGCAGAAAACGAUUUAAGUAAUGACAACUGAAUGGGGUCCAACCGCACUUCAUGCAUAAAGUUUUCUUCAUGCAGUUAACACGCAGCUAGGUGGUAGUUGCAUGAAUCACUGACAGCCGAUAUGUGCCGAAAUCCUUUUCACCUGUGGGAAGAGUUUGGAGUGUGCUGAUUGACCACAAUGUGAGAGAACUGACUCAACUGACUUUGAAGUGGUUGGGAGGUAAACAAAAAGUUGCAUCAAAAGCAAGUUUAUGGCUGAUUAAAGUUAAAUCCUGGACUUGAAUGUGCAUUUAAUAUUUGACAGAGGGCUCUCUAUCAGCUUUGACUCUGGAGUUGUGUCCAGUUGGAUAAGUUGUUCAAUUUAUGGUAUAUAACUCCAUCACAUGUGCUGUUUAUGGCUUUUACCAUGAUAAGCAUCGUCCUAUGGAAAUACUCGUGCUAAUAUUGUAGAGAAAUGUUCUAUCAGCGCAAUCUGAAAACAUGAAUAUCUGUUUAAACAAAGUUGUUCACAUUGUUAAACACAAUUUAUUCUGCCGACUGUACAGUAUUAUAGUAUGUAUGUAUACAUUAUUUUGUAAAGAUAAGAAAAAGGGUUGCACAGACGUCAUGGGAAUAGUAUUUGUAGCAUGUCAACAAUCAUUGCUAUAAUUGUAUAAUGCAACAUCGGCAGCCUAUAUGCUUCAUGGACUGUGCUGUUAUUUUGAAUGUAUUACAAAUAGACUGUAUUAAAUAAACAUAUCCAUGGUAAAUAAAUUCAUUUGUCUCAUUAGAGGAGAACUUCAGCUAAUAUUUAAGUCAUUCAGUAAUAAACGUAAACCAUUUGAAAUCAUGUCCCUAAACCAGAGCUUUGUGGGUUUUGGGGGAACUUUAUUUUAAGUGUUGAUAAAUCUCUAAUCACAUCAUUAUACUGGCAUAAAAUAUUUAUAGCACAUUCUGUUCCUUGACAAAAAAUAAAUAAAUAAGAGACAUGAUUCUAAGAAACUACACUGUGACCAAAACAUCUUUGUUUGUUUUGUUGUUGUUUUUUUUUCAAUCUCUGUGCUUACUGUUUAAAUCUGCUGCUGCUGUAUAUUGGCUUUGUCUGCUGGCAAUUGAACCGCAGAUGUAUUGAUCAAAACAUCCUGUGUGUGAAGUGCUUAAUAUUAAAGCGAGUUUGACAAA